UAUAAAAAUGAACUAUCGAAAUGUUUAUUUAAGAUAAACUUAAAUAACUCCGAUAAAGUAUAACAGGAAACAAUGGUAGUCAUGGAGACAUCCUGACUCCUAAUUGGAAAUUCUCAGGAAGUGGACAAUUAGCAGUUAUAAAAUGUUGUGCCUUUAAUGAUGUUAGCUGUCACCUUUGUGCUCGGGACAAGGAAGACAACUGUGCAAGCGGCUGCAGGGGAGUUGUUCCCCCUUGUGGUGUGCUUGGUGUUCAUGUAGACGGCUCUAUGGCUUUGACACUUGAUGAGUUCAACACUCGACCAGGUCAUAACGCCAACAUGCCAAAGAAAAGCGGAAAGAAGGGAAAGAAGUCCGGCAAGAAAUCCGGCAAGAAGUCUGGAAAGAAGGGAGGGAAGAAAUCAGCAAAGGGGUCAGCGAAGGCAGUGAAAGGGGAGAAAACUGAGGUGGACAUUAUGAGUCAGGCAGCAAUGGAGAACCUGUAUUAUAUUGCACAUGACGCGCCACAGGCCCUAGAGAUGAGGGGCUUUGGAUGGGAGUCUGGGGGAGGGGGAGGCAAGAAGGGUAAAAAGGGCAAGAAAGGCGGAAAAAAGAAAAAGAAGAAGAAAUGAUGAGCAAAUGUGUUUAGACAUUUUAAGUCUGCUAACCUCACCAUCCUGUAACCUCUAGUGCCUGGUCAUUAGUCUGCAAGAGAUCCAUUUUUGCCAGCUCUGCCAGAUUGUUUUGUGUGAAAUUGCAAUGCAGAUUGGUGUUUGUCACCAUUGUUGGUGUUUAUGGGACGACAGUGAUCAUUUUUGGACUGCCUGCGGUUUUUUAAGAGUGUGUGAUUUCGGAAGUUGUUUGUUGAAGAUAUGGAGUGUGACUGAAGGACAUGAUACUGCUGAUGAGUCUGUUGCCCAAAAAAAUCAUAUGAUUCCACAAUAACUGCCAGCAUUACCUUUAUAUCUGUGAUUUGGAUUUUUUUUGUUGAUAAUCUUUGAUUAUAGUUAAUUGUUGGGUAUGGGUUUCUUAACUUUGUUUGUGUGUAAGAUAUUUUAUUUUAUGAUAAUUACUUGAAUAUGCAACAUGAUACCAUGACAUAAUCUGACAAGCAUGUUAAAUUGUUAUUGUACCUUUUUGAUAUACAUUUAUAAAUUAUGUGUAAACUGCUCUUAUAUCAAAUGCUAUUUACUGCUUUUCAAUUCGGAUACAAUUAAAAAUCAUCUUAACAAAUGUUAAAUUAUUUUGAUUUCACUUGAGCAAUUUAUAUGUCUUUUUGAAAUUAAUUAUCUUUUCUAUCUAAUAUCUAUAAUAUAAAAAAACUUUGUUCAUAAAAAAUAAUAAAAACUUCAAAUUUUUUUUUUUAUUAAGUCAACUUGAUUCGCUGAUUCAUAAGGAAAUUAGGCUUUGAAGCUUGUGCAUGUGAGCAAGAAACUCUGCGUGUCUGUGACCACACUUACUACCGCAACCAUAGAAUUUGUGAUGCUGCUUUCCUUAACUUGUACAUGUAUGUAAAAAUCCAUUGAAAUCCAUUUAACUAAAACUUCAUCAUUUUCUUGUUAAUGAAUUUGUGUUUGGAAUUCCACUUUCCAUAUGAAGUUACUUGAUAAAUUCAUGAAUCAUUUUACUCCAUUCAAAAAUGGUUAGUAUUGAGUACAUUCUAUAUUCAUUAUAUCAUUUGUACAACAACCUAUAAAAUAAUUUUAAAAAAGAAGAGGAAAAGAAAAAAAAAACACAAAAUAUAAAAAAUAUCUUCCUAGUUUCUAGGAAUUUAAUAUACUUGACUUUUUAACUGGUUAAUUUGAAAAAGUUAUUAUGACAACUGUUUGAUGUAUUUGUUUUCUUUGCAAAAAAUGCAGUUAUGCGUCAUUGUUUGUUUGUUUAAUUGGGUUUUGUUACCGAUCAGGAUGCUAAACGAUUAUAAAUUUAACUGCCAUUUCAUGUUCACAUUCUUUUAAAUGAGUUUGUUAAUCAAACAGCGUACAUUACAUCUGUCUUUAAUUUGUCUCUGUCUCAAUUAUUUUAUUUCAUUCAGGUUCUGUUAUAUAUGCAGCUUACUGUUAUUGCAUGGCUGUUUACAUUUUGUAAAUAUCAACUAUAUAUCAGGUAUAUUUUUUAGUUUAGCUUAUCAUAAGAAUUAGCUGUAUGAAGAUAUUUAUAUAUAUAUAUAUACAUUAAUUAGUGCCAAAAUGUGUACUGUUUUAUAGCUGUUGUGUUGUGGAAAAUAACUAUGCAGUGAGAAGUUUUGUUUAUAUUUUUAUAAGAAUUUUAUAUGGGCACUUGUUAUGCUGUACUUUAAGUUCCACCAAUUUUUAACAACAUAUUUAAGUGAUUUAUUAUGAAUCAUUAUUUGUUGACAAGCAAUUUAAACUUCUCUUCUCAAUCAGCAAGACAUUUUUUCAUGAAGAAGUGAGUAUUUCAGUACGCUUACAAAAAUUAUAUUACGAUUUAUAUUGCCUUAAGCAACAUCAUAACAUAUACAAAAGCUUGGUGAUUACAAACCAGAAAUUCAUUUUGAAAUUAUAUGCAUCAUUUUACCAGAUGCUGUUAAGUUAUUAUGUUUAUCAUUUUUAUUUCAUAAAAUUACUAACAAAAAAUCAAAUUACCAAACAAAUGCCUUUCAUGCCAAAUAAUACAGCAUUUCAGAUUCUGUCACGCUUUUACCCUUUCAGUGCGGGAACCGAAUUUUUAAGGCCUGUGCAAACAGUUGGAAUCCAGAUGAGACGCAGCAGAACGAGGCGUCUCAUCAGGAUCCAAACUGUUUGCUAUUCUGAUAGUAUUCUUUGAAAAAAAUGAAGAAAAUACUAAUUUUAGAAAUUUAGCAGACGACAUUUUAGCAGACGACAAAUUUCCCAGCAUGCAAAGGGUUAAGGUUUAUAUUGCAGCAACCCUUUUGGGUAUGGUUUGAACUUUGAACACGCACUAUUAUAAUAUAAGCCUUGCUCUGGGAAAACGGGGCUUAAUGCAUGAGUGUAAUGUCAUCCUAGAUUAUGGGAAAACGGGGCUUAAUGCAUGAGUGUAAUGUCAUCCUAGAUUAUGGGAAAACGGGGCUUAAUGCAUGAGUGUAAUGUCAUCCUCAAUUAUGGGAAAACGGGGCUUAAUUCAUGAGUGUAAUGUCAUCCUAGAUUAUGGGAAAACGGGGCUUAAUGCAUGAGUGUAAUGUCACCCUAGAUUAUUCUGUGAAGUCUGCACAGGCUUAUCAGGAAAGACACUUUCCACCAACCAGUAAACUUGAUUUUCAGCUAUAAGAGACUUCUUUUAGAAGAAGUGUUACAUUAUUAAAGUGGAAAGUGUUGUCCCUGAUUAGCCUGCAGGGUUUGCACUGACAUUGCCAACUCUUUACAGUCAAUACUGUAAGGUUUUUAUUUCAAUGCACCGAUGAACUUCCUUUUAAAGAUUUCUCUUUAGUCCGAGUUUAUUACAUAAUUUAUAUAAUGCCAUUUUAGCAGUCUGUGAUAUCAAGGUAACAUGUGAUCUCAUUUCAUGGAAAAUGUUCACAGAAAAACUUUGUUUACAUUGGUAUGAUGAUAUAAUGCCAAAUAGUGCUGCAUAUUUUGUUGUGAUUGACCUAUUGGGUGUGGAUAUUUCAAUAUUUAAUAAUUUUUUCAAGUGACCAAGUGUUAAAGUUUUAUUAGGAAUAUUUGGUUUCUACUAGCACUUAUUUUUCAUCUAUUUAAUAAUCAUCUUUUUUUCUUCUUUUGUGUCAUACACUUGAAAGAUGUGGAGUUUUGUUGUUUUUACGACAUGAUGGAAAUGUUUCUUUAAACAUUUUUCUUUCUAACAUAAAGGGGAGUAACUCAAAUGCUUUUUAUAUACCUGAGUUCCAGUUCUUGACUGAUGUAUGUUUACUACUCGGUCAGUACUGUACUAUCCAUACCUUAUAUACUGCAUUCAUAACCUAUCAUGUUACCUACAUCAUUUCUACUAUUUUGCUAAUUAAUUUUCUAAAUCAACGCAUACGACUGUUAUAAUGUUGUUCAUUAUAAAAUAAUGUUUUGUUACAGAGUAUCUAUUUCUUUUGUUAUGUGGUUCAUGUUUUGUCUUUUUUAAUGGUAUUUAGGGAAAUAUAAUUAGGUUUAUAAAUUACGUUGACGUGUUUGUUUUUUGUACACCAAUGUGUGAUGCAUUGUAAUUUAUAGAAAAUGUCAAUAAAAUCGCUUUUUUAA